AUGGGCGCCGCAAAUCAGGAUGAAUUCGAUCGCCCCGGCGAAAAGGUCCAAAGUCCAUCGACAUUGGCCCAUGUCGUCCUUCGAACUGGCAAUUUCCAGCAGAUGGUCGACUUCUACAUUCAGUUCCUCGGAGGCAGCAUCACGUACGGGAAUGACUUCUUGUGCUUCAUCACGUACGACGAAGAACAUCAUCGCAUCGCCCUCCUGAACAUUCCCGGCACCGGCAAAAAACAGCCAACCAGCAGUGGACUGGAACACAUUGCUUUCACGUUCCCUACUGUUCGUGACUUACUUGUCGCCUAUCGACAGCGGAAGCAUCGUGGCAUUUUGCCAGUCUGGUCCGUCAAUCAUGGACCAACGACGAGCAUCUACUACAAAGAUCCAGACGGGAAUAUGCUGGAGACGCAGGUGGACAACUUCGAUACUGUCGAAGAUGCCAACAAGUUCAUGACCAGUCCGCACUUUGCCGAGAAUCCGAUCGGCACGGAUAUCGAUGUUGAAGAUCUGAUCGACAGGAUGCGGAAGGGCGACGACGAAGCGGUCCUCAAGAAGCGCGUCGAGAUCGGAGCGAGAGCGAUACCAGCGAUGGAUGAGAUGUGA